GAAACCUUUUCAAUCCAUUCCCCCAGAGGAAACGAAUCAAUCAAAACCUCUCACGAGCGAGCGAGAGAGAUCAAGAAACUCCAGAGCUAAUCCCAGAAAAAUCUGCAAUCACAGCCCUCCGUCUGUCGAUACCCAGAGGGACGGACCGGCGGUGAGGGGCCGCGAGAGAUCGGUCCUCUUUUGCUUCUGGGGUUGCCGGAGAAUGCCGGGUUCGGGUCGAGUAUCGGUCGCCCGCAGCCGCCGUGGGGAGAACCGCUUCUACUGCCCCCCGGCAUUGCGGAAGCAGCAGGCCGAUUCGAGGAGCCCUGAUGCAGGGGCCCAGACGGAGAAGAACGCCUGCCCCGUGUCGGAAUCUGAUGAAUCCUUGUCUCUCUGCUCGGUCUCUGGGAAGGCGGAGAGCGGUUGCGAUUCCUCCAAUUUGGAUCGGUUCUUGGAAUCGACCACUCCUCGAGUCCCAGUUCAGUGUCUGCCCAAGACAAGUUUGGGCAGAUGGAGAACCUCUGAAGCAGACUACCACCCAUACUUUAUGCUGGGUGAUCUGUGGGACUCUUUCAGGGAGUGGAGUGCUUAUGGAGCUGGCGUCCCCCUGCUGUUGAAUGGGAGCGUCUCUGUGGUUCAGUAUUAUGUUCCCUACUUGUCGGGCAUUCAACUGUAUAGAGACCCAUCAAGGUCAUUCCCCCAGAGAAGGAGACCUGGUGAGGAGAGUGAUACCGAUUCCUCCCGGGAGACAAGUAGUAAUGGAAGCAUCGAAGUUGGCCUGUUUAGAGGAGCCAAUGGUACCCUUCAUGGGGUCUACAAGCAACCAACAGAGAUAGAUGUCCAGAGGUUCAAUGGCCUUUCUCUGAAAGACCGACCCUCCUGUGAUAGCUCAUCUGAUGAGGCUGAGAUCCCCAAUCCACCGGGUCAGCUUCUGUUUGAAUACUUGGAACGCGAUCCCCCAUAUAGUCGUGAACCCUUGGUCGAUAAGAUAUCGAUGCUUGCUUCCAAGUUUCCAGAAUUGUGGACAUACCGGAGCUGUGACCUAUCAUCCUCAAGUUGGAUUUCUGUGGCAUGGUACCCGAUAUAUAGGAUACCCACUGGGCCCACACUGCAGAAUCUGGACGCAUGCUUCUUAACUUUUCAUUCCCUCUCAACUUCUUGUGGAAAUAAGAGUAAUGAAGGGCUGCCCCUGAAUGGCAUGAGCAUGAGGGAUGUCCAUGAAACAUCCUCAAAGUUGGCCCUGACAACCUUUGGGCUCGCUUCAUACAAGUUCAAGAUCUCAGUCUGGAAUCCUAGCGGGGUCGAGGAAUGUCCUAAGGCGAACUCCCUUUUUAGAGCUGCUGACAACUGGCUCAGACUCCUGCAGGUUCAUCACCCUGACUUCAGCUUCUUUGUAUCCCACAGCACAUACUGGAGGUGAGGUGAGGGGAGCAUACUUCUCGGGAAUCUGCUGGCAAGUCCCGGCGCCCCCAUGUCUCAGCUUUACUAUCUCUCAGUAUAUUACUUCGAGAUCUGAUAUAUCCUUAAUCUGAGUGUCUGGGAAUUCCAGAAAAAUAAGGUUUCAGGUUCAGUCCUGCUUGGUGAUGCUGAGAUUGAGAUUACGAGAGUGCCUUGUUACAAGAAAACUGAUUGGUCCAUUGUAUCUGUAUUUUACGCUUUCUGACCACAGUAAUAGUUUGAGCAGAUACGAAGUUUGAGAUUUGAUAGUUUUACGCUUAUUUUCUUCAUAAGAUGUCAAGUCCUUGGUGCUUUUAUGCUGGACUGCUGGAAUUAUUAGUCAGUUUUUCUACUGAUAAUAAUGAUGAAAAAUUUUCCAAGCAAUCUGUUGUAUAUAUGUAUGGCUAUUUUAGCCUGCAUUAACGUUUUGUGCUUUAAGUUGGAAGUCGCUAGCUUUUCUGGUUGUGCCACA